AUUCUGAACAUCAUGAAUCAGCUGAUUUAAAUAACCAUAAUUGAGUAAGGUAAAUACACUUAUUCCUCAUUUUUUUCCUCUAAAUUAAUUAGGCUUUACAGAUCAUCGUACUAAUUUCCAUCAUUUAAAUCAUUUUGACGUUUAUUGCAAUCAGUGAGGUUACAAACACCUUAAUUCAUUCAUUGUUGCAGUGUAUGAUAAAAAAAAAUUGUGCAAUUAUUACAAAGAUGCAUGUCGAAGUGCCUGUAGACACUGAUUUUCCGGUAGGGGGUUUGCUACCAAAAAAAGAAACAGGAGCUAGUGCUUUUCUUUCAAAAUAUCCAACUUAUGAUGGCAGAGACAUUGUUAUUGCCAUUCUGGAUUCAGGAAUAGAUCCAGGUGUUCCUGGACUACAGAAAACUAGCACUGGGAAAGUUAAAGUUAUUGAACGGUUUGAUUGCAGUGGUUGUGGAGAUGUGAAUACAAGCACUGUUGUAAAACCAGAAGACGGAUACAUUACUGGUUUAACUGGUCGCCGAAUGAAGAUUCCAAAUGACUGGAAGAAUCCAAAUGGUACAUACAGAAUCGGAGUGAAAAAUGCUUUUGACUUGUAUCCGGAUAGACUGAAAGACAGGAUCAAGGCAGAAUAUAAAAAAAAGCAGUGGGAUGAAGGUCACAGGAAAACAGUCAGCGACCUUAACAGGAAAUUAGCAAAGUUUGAAUCUCAACAACAGAACAAUAAUAACCCAAAUGAGAAUGAAAAAUUUGAAAAGGAAGAUUUAGAGGCCAAAUUAGAUGUAUUAAAUAAUUUAGAUAAAAAAAAUUGUGAUUCAGGUCCGGUAUAUGAUUGUAUCUUAUUUCAUGAUGGAGAAAAAUGGCUAUGCUGUGUAAAUACAAGUGAUGACAAUGAUUUAUCCCAAUGUCCUUUGUUAGGUGAAUACAGCAUAACACAUGAAUAUCUACCAUUAACAAAGCAGGAUAGUUUAAAUUUUAGCAUAAAUGUUCAUGAAAAAGGAGAUGUUUUGGAGUUAGUAGGAGUUUGUUCAAGUCACGGCACCCAUGUAGCUUCUAUAGCAGCUGCAUAUUUUCCUGACUCUCCAGAACAAAAUGGUCUAGCUCCAGGAGCUCAAGUAAUAUCUUUAACCAUUGGAGAUGGACGAUUAGGUUCAAUGGAGACAGGGACUGCUCUAAUUCGUGCUAUGAUAAAAAUCAUAGAGCUCAAACAAAAAAUGAAUAUACAUGUUAUUAAUAUGAGCUAUGGAGAACAUGCUCAUUGGGUUGAUACAGGGCGUAUUGGAGAUUUGGUUAAUGAAAUAGUUAACAAAUAUGGAGUGAUAUGGGUUUCAUCGGCUGGCAACAGUGGUCCUGCUUUAGGGACUAUAAGUACUCCAUCUGACAUCAAUGAUGAACCCAUCAUCAGUGUUGGGGCCUAUGUAUCACCUGAAAUGAUGGUAGCUGAGUAUGCCAUGAGGCAAAAAUUACCAGGAGCUCCAUACACUUGGUCUUCACGUGGCCCUACACUAGAUGGUGGUGUGGGGGUUCAUUUAUGUGCCCCAGGAGGAGCUAUUACGUCAGUACCUAAUUUUACUCUUAGAUAUUCGCAACUAAUGAACGGCACGUCAAUGGCCGCACCUAACUGCGCUGGCGCUAUAGGUAUUUUACUCUCAGGACUCAUUCAACAAGGACUGCCAUAUUCCCCUUAUUUAGUUCGAAAAGCUCUAGAAAACACGGCAAGUUUUAUCGACGGCAUUGAAAUUCCAGCUCAAGGAGCUGGAUUGAUGCAAGUGGAGAAGGCUUUUGAUUUUUUGGUGUCUUAUCACGAUAUUCAAGAACGCGACGUAAGAUUUCAGUUACAAUGUGGCUCAUGUAACUCAAAAGGCAUUUAUCUCAGGACAAAAACUAAUACUAGCAAGCACACGUUUAAAGUCAGUGUAGAUCCACACUUUUUAAAUGAGGAUGAGGUCCUGCCAGAAACCAAGAUUAACUUUAAUAUGAAGCUUGUCUUGACUUGUAGCAGCAGUUUUGUUGAAUUUCCUAAGCACCUAGACCUAUCUAAUUUUACCAGAAUGUUUGCAGUCAAUAUUGACACCUCCUCACUGGAGGAGGGACUAUAUUGUAAUUUUAUUAAUGCAUAUGAUGUGAACUGCAUUGCUAAAGGCCCAGUUUUUAAAAUUCCUAUAACCGUGAUACAACCUAGAGAAAUAACAGAACCAAAAUUCACUGUAAAAUAUAAUAGUGUACCUUUCAAAUCGAACACCAUAAAAAGACACUACUAUGUGGUGCCCAAUAUGGCAACAUGGGCAGUAUUGAAGCUCACAUCUAAUGAAGACAGUGGGCGUUUUGUAAUUCACACUAUUCAGUCAUUACCUAGGCAACACUGUAAAGCAUUAGAAACUAAUAAAACCAUCGCCGUGACAUCAAAGACUGACUCUUACAUCAGCUUUCAAGUUAAAGGAGAUAGUGUGCUCGAACUUGUCAUAGCAAAAUAUUGGGCAAACAUUGGAGAAGCUGCUUUGGACUAUUCUAUAUCGUUUUAUGGAGUGAAACCAAAUCAACCUUCAAUUAACAUGCACGCAGCUGUUGGAAUACAUGCUAUUGAAGUACAAACGUUACAAGGAGAAGAAAUAUCUCCAUCAAUUACCCUCAAAAAUUCAGUACAAAUUCUUAAGCCGUUAGAAGGAAAAAUAGCCCCACUAAGAGCCCGAGAUGUUAUACCUCCAAACCGACAAAUAUAUGAACUAGUUUUGGUAUAUAAUUUCAGUAUUACCAAGGCCUGUGAAGUAUCACCCAAUUUAGCACUUCUUAGUGAUAUGUUAUAUGAAUCUGAAUAUGAAUCACAACUAUGGUUGUUAUUUGAUUGCAAUAAGCAGUUACUAGGUUGUGGAGAUGCUUAUCCUUCCAAAUACACCGUAAAACUAGAAAAGGGAGAAUAUGUUAUAAGACUUCAAGUCAGACAUGAUAGAAAAGACUACCUGGAAAAAAUUAAUGAAGCUCCCCUAUUAUUACAACAAAAACUUGCCAAUGCUAUUUCGAUGGACGUCUACCUCUCCUACUCACAAGCUCUUGUUGGUGGGAAAAAAGCUGGAGUAACACACAAUUCCAACCCUUAUACUGUCGUUCCUUUAUACAUUGCACCAUUGCCUUCCGAUAAGUUCCCGCUCAAAUCUAACAACACUGCUCAUUAUCUAACAGGUUACAUAACAUAUGCAAAAGACGAAUCAGGAAAAAAAGUAGAUACAUACCCAAUAAAAUAUUUCCUAACCGACAACAGCAGCCCUAAAAAAACUGCUUCAAAUGGAAACAGUUCUGGAGACAAAACUAAGGCGGAUGAGUACAAUGAAGCUGUCAGAGACUUACAAACUAGCUGGAUAGCUAAACUUGAUAAAGAAACCGCUGAAAAACUCUAUGAAGACUUGACAAAAACAUACCCUAAUCACCUCCCAAUCCAUUCAUCUUAUCUUCAACUAAUUGAUCCAUUGGAUAAGAGAAUUCUGCCAAAUAUUAAUAAGAAACCAAACACCUCUCUUGAAGACUUAAACAAAGUUGUCAGUACCUGCGAAAAAGUUAUAGAAAAUGUUAAUGAAGAGAGUAUAUUAGCUUACAUGGCCACAAAGACUGAUCUAAGAUCAGAUGCUGCAAAAUUCAAAGUUCAAAUGGAGCAACAAAAAAAUGUAUAUUUGGAAUGUUUAGCCAGGAAAGGUAUUGCUUUAUGCCGUAUUCACUUAUUAUCAGAAAAUGCUGAUGCACAACUACAAGACAUAGGAAAUGUGUGGAAAUCCCUUCUUAAAUUUAUUGAUCCUUCUGACGCCAAGGUCUUAACAUCCCAUGUAUUAUAUUUUGCUAUAUGGCAUUCGUUUGUAAAGCAACAGUAUGGUCGAUAUUUAAAAUACAUUUUGAAGCUUCAAGAAGACAAGCCAACUGAAGAUAUUGAAAGAAGAGUGAUUGAGGUUUGCCAAGAGCUCAAAUGGAAACAUCUUGUGAACUAUUUAGAGAGAAUGCUGCCUUCUAAAUAUCCUAAUGCUUACAGACCUUUUUAAUACUAUUAAGUAGAAAUAAAUAUUAAAUAUAUUAGACUUUUUGAUAAUAUUAAACUAAGGAAAAAACUUUUUAUUUUGUAUUUUAAAAAUUGAUAUAUGAUUUUUAUUUUAACUAUUUUACUUGUACUUGUAGGGAAUUAUUUUAAGUGUGACAAAUUUAGAGAAUACCGAUUUUUUUCUGUCGUCAGUAUUAAUUUAAAGUAUAUUCAUAGGCUAAUGAACUACUCUUUUUCUUUGUACACUAUAUAUUUUAAAAAACAAGAACUAGCUCAACAAUUAUUUGGUUUAGAAAGUACUUCUAAUUUUUAAAUAAUAAAAUCACACACGUCAAGAUAGACAAUGGUGUCAUUCCUAGUCAAUGAGUAUACUUAUUAGUUCAAUUAAAUUUAGACAGAAAUAUAUUUAUUUUUAUUUAUCA